AUGGAUGCCCUUUACGCUGCUCAGAACAAGGUCAAGAAGGAUCUUGGCCUCUCUAAGACCAAAGUUAUCCACAACCAGAAUUACAAGCGUCACGGUACCAAGUCCUACGUCCACGCGUUGAACCGUUUUGGGUUUCAACCUACUUUACCAGGCCCCUAUUUUCAUAUCGACAAAGUUAGACAGCAUGGCCUUCUCCCCGAAGAACUAAAGGGGGUUCUUGGUGGUACCGUACACACACAGAGGACCCUAGUCAAGAAAGGUAAACCUGAAGACGCGAUCAGACUACAGAAGUCACUGCAGAGGAUAACAAAACGACUCCAUGUAUAUCUGCGAGGUAAAAUCGGCACCCCACCCCAGAAACUGUUACUUGACUUCGAUACCGGCUCUGCUGAUACUUGGGUUCGUUCGACUCUUCAACACAAGUCUGACUUGACUAAACACAACGCCUUCGACCCCAAGAAGUCCGAGUCCUUCAAGAAACUCCCUGGAAAGAGUUGGAAGAUCCAGUACGGAGAUGGCUCAACAGCAUCCGGUGACUGCGGCAGCGACACACUUGUCAUUGGUGGCCUGGCCGUCAAGAAUCAGACGAUCGAGUGUGCCACCAAGCUAUCCAAACAGUUCUCCCAGGGCACCAGCGACGGUCUCCUUGGUCUCGCCUGGAGCAAGAUCAACACAGUCACAGACUCCGGCGAGGCUGACCCCCAAGCCACUCCCGUCGAGAACAUGAUCAAGCAGGAUGACAUCCCUAAGGAGUCUAAGCUCUUCACAACUGCUUUCUAUAGUUCACGUGAUAAAGACCCCGACUCGUUUUACACAUUUGGAUUCAUCGACGAAGACCUCGUCAAAAAGACCGGCCACGAUAUCCACUGGACGGAAGUCGACAAUUCUGAAGGGUUCUGGUCUGUCUCAUCUGAAUCCUACACUAUCAACGGCGAGAGCGUCGACCUCAGCGGUAACACUGCCAUCGCUGAUACCGGCACCACGCUGGCACUAGUAUCAGAUGAAGUCGCUAAGAAGAUCUACGAUCAGAUCCCCGGUGCGACCUACGAUUGGCUCAACCAAGGCUACAUCUUCCCGAUCGACGUCAAGGCGGACGACAUACCCGAGGUCAAGGUGGCCGUUGGCGAUAAGGAAUAUUUAAUUCAGAAAGAGGACUUGGCUUUCGCUCUAACUGACGACAAGAAGUACUGGUACGGGGGUAUUCAAAGCCGUGGCAUGAUGCCCUUUGAUAUCCUCGGCGAUACAUUCUUGAAGAGUGUCUAUGCUGUCUGGGACCAAGGAAAUCGGCGUCUUGGUCUAGUCCCCAAGAUCGAAGAAGUACAGAACCUCGAACCGCCACCUGAUAGCGAUGACGACGAUGGCGGUGAAAAGAAAUGGGUUACCAGCAUCGAUCUCCUCUCAAAAGAUGAAAUCCAGCCAGAAAGCGAGCCCCAGUAG